AUGACCGCUAACUGGACCGCCGCGCCCGACGCCCAUCUUCGCGUGGAGGACAUCGACUGGGGCUCCACAGAAUGCGAGGAUAUGUUCACCUCAAGCGCCGAUGACCUACUGGUGGCAGACCCCCGCGCGGUGCGCCGUGCCGAGACGGCACCGAUGGUACUGACUAUCAUGGGCACAGGCGGUUCUCUCUGCGUCGGAGGUUUCGAGGAGGUAAACCCAGACGAGGAGUACCGCUACACGGAGGAAUACCACCAACUGUACUACUCAAAGAACCCGCGAGACCCUCGCAUGCUGCUGCCGCUGACGCGCCGCCGUCACCACCUCGUGCGUGAGGCCCGCGCACCCGGAGCCCUCGCGGUGCCGAGCGGCGAGAGGCCGUCUGUUUCCUCCACGAACGGUGCUGUCGGCGACCGCGUUGGGAAUGGAGACAGCGACUGUGAUGCCACUGCGGCCGUCCCGGAGGCAGCAGAGACGCUCUCGUCCCAGGCGCUUGUGAAGCUGUACGUUGAUACCUUCCGACCUGACUGGGAUUACGCGCAGAUCAAAGCCCACAUCUGUACUUUCUGCAGGGACCAGGACGGAAGCCGCCUCGUGCAGCGACUCCUAGAGAAGCCAGAGAACAUUGUUCCCAUCUUCAAUGAGGUCAUUGAGGAGUUUGGGGAGCUGGCGACCGACGUGUUCGGCAACUACGUGUUGCAGAAAAUGUUCGACGUUGUGCCCAAAGUAGAGAACGAUCUCAGCGCACUUCAGGAGAUCAGGGAGGCGAGGCUGCUGGACCGUCUCACGGAAAAGGUGCGUGGCCACCUGCUGGAGUACUCUGUACAGACAUACGGUUGUCGUGUUAUGCAGAAGGCGGUGGAGAACAUGCGCGCCGCCGACCGCGACGCCAUCAUCCGUGAGCUGGACGGGAGAGUUGUCGACUUCGUUUUUGACCAAAACGCGAACCACGUCGUGCAGAAGGUCGUCGAGGUGUGCCCCGCGGGCGCGCAGUUCGUGGUAGACGCCUUUAUUCCAUCUCUAGGCGAGCUGGCUUGCCAUGCCUACGGCUGCCGCGUGCUGCAGCGCACUUUCGAGAAAUGUCACGACGUCGAGGGUGUGAACAUUCGCCCGCUUAUGGAGGCGGUGCUGAGUCGUGUGAACGAGUUCACGGUGCAUCAAUACGGUAACUACGUCGUGCAGCACGCCAUGCUCAACGCGCCAGAGGAUCUGCGGCACCGCUUCGUCGUGCAGCUGACGCCGCAGCUGUAUGCGCUGUCCUGCAGCAAGUUUGCCAGCAACGUCGCCGAGCGCAUUGUGACGACGGCGACCGAGGAGGAGCGUGAUGCCAUCAUCAACGAGCUGAAGAAGCCGCUGAGCGACUUCCAGGGCGGCAACUACCUCGUGAACAUGAUGCAGGACACCUACGCGAACUACGUCGUGCAGCGCUUCUUCGAGGCCGUCUCGGCCACGCAGCGCGAGCUCAUUAGCGAGCUCGUGCAGCCCCACAUCGGCACAAUCAAUCAGUCCGUCUACGGUCGCCACCUGCUGCGCAAGAUGGUGUCGAAUAACAUUCUCACAAACGCCUUCCUCCUCGGCCAAGGAAUCGAUGUUAGUGGCCCCGACUACGGUGGCAAUGCAAACAACAACGGCCACCGCAGCGGCGGUCACCGAGGCAGCGCCAACAACACCAACGGCACCGACAACCGCCACAAUGGCGGCGGGUCUACACACGCCAGCCGAAACGGCAAUGGCCGCGGCAAUCGUGCAGGCCGUAGCGGGCGUGGCGGUAACACCCACAGCAACAACCAGCACAGUGACGGCAAAAACAAUGCCCUAAGAGGCAAUGACGGCAGCAGCCCGAGCAGCAUGUUACUCUUACAGCCUCAUUUGCAGCUCCAGCAGCCGCUCCUGAGCGGGUACAUGCCCCUGCCGCAGCAGUACCAGUAUGGCAACCCCUACGGCAUCCCUCAGCUGCAGCAGCAGCAGCCCCAGGUGACGCCACAGGCGUUCGUGUACCCCACCGCAUCCGCGGCCCCGCAACUGUAUCAGCCGCAGCAGGCGUACAUGCCGCAGCUAACGCCUAGCGACUUUGGCGCAUUCCCUGGCGCGGCGGCCUUCCCGACACCGAUACUGCAGCAGCAGCCAGCCAGCUAUGCUCUGCAAUAUGGUACCCCGAUGCAGCAGCUCACGACAAUGCCCCUGCAACAGCACCCGGCUCGCCGUGGUGAUACUCAGUCUCCGCAGGUGUACGUGAAUGGCGGCUACAACGGCGCAGGUCAGGCACAUCAGCAGCAGUCGCCUCAGAACAGUGGCUUUUUCCAUUCCCCGACGCCGCCGCAGCCGCAACCGGUUUUCCAGGGGAAGAGUGACCUCGCCGACGCGACUGUUGCCACUAGAAAGGGAGGUCGCUCAGGGAAGGGAAACGCCAGCGCUGUCUCAAACAACGCCAGCUACACUAACGCUGUAAGCGGGGAUAAGGCGGGUGCCUUUCUCACCAACAACGUUACUAGCAACCAGCAGCGAGCUGGCUACGGCAACCGGCGCACCCAGCAGCAGGAGACGGGCUACUAG